GAGGUCAAUGUCUGAUGCUGGCGUUGCAAAGGCUGCUGGCGAAACGUGAGAGCGCGUGUUUUUCGUGCAAGCGCGGCGGCUCGGUUGUCAUGCCAGUGCGACCCCAAACAAUCUCGUUCACGCUCCACUACGAGCAUCUGGACUUACUCCGCGCAACUUGACUCGACCCGGCAUGGAGAUGGAUAUCAGAUCGGAGUUGUCGUCAGAACUGACGAGGAUAAUUGAAUGUCCAUACCCGGCCUCAUUGUCCAAAUUGAAAGAUCUUCUUGCUCAUGCGGAUGAAGUGACCAUACAGUCCUGCAUCCAUGAUCGACCACCAUGUGCCAUGACGAGGCUGGCCACACUCGUUUGCGAUGCAUUGCCACUAUGGGCAUACACUUCGCACGUGUUGCAGCUUCUCUGUUGCUCUCCAGAGUUCACUGAGAAGCUCUUGCUGCAAAGUCCAGGACUUCUCAACGCUCUGCUAGUGAAAGCAAACACUUCACAACGAGACUUCGACGAUUAUCUGGGACUAUGCGUACAACUUCUAUCCAGACCGCUUCCAGAGUCCAUCUCACUACCCGCAAGUGCUCAGUCGUUCUUCCUCCGCGUGUUCGAGCGAGCCACGCAAAAUCCAGAUGUAAGCACACUCCGGCCUGUCUACAGCAUGCUCAAUGGAGCGUGUCGAAAGCUCCUCAGCCUUCUGCCAUCCGAGGUACGACAGCAGUUCGAUCGAGAACUGUGUCACAUCCUAUCUUCAAAUGGUACCGGACAAAACUCCAUGUUGCUGGUGUGGUGCUUUGGAAUAGUCAUUCUCGCAGAGCAUGCGGAAGAUUUCAGUGCUUCACAGAACUUUGGGCUAGAGCAGCCAAUGUCGACAGCAGGUGUCGAGAAGCAAUGGACAACGGCAUCUGGACGCAAGCUUUUUGGUUCUACCAACGGGCUGUACAAGACCAUCAACUUGACCUACCUCAGUGUGAUCUGGGCUACGAAGGGAGACGUUGGCGUGUCAGACGCCGAGGCCAUUGAAGGCAUACGGAUCGCUGUGAGAACGUUGCGUUUCGUUGAUAUCGAGGCACGAGCAGGCUGGCCAAACUCCAGCGCUUUAGCGAAGAACAUCUUCCCCAAGCUUCCAGCCAAGAUUUUACGUGAAGGUAUAAACCCGGCCGUUCAACUUGAGGCCUUAUGUUUCUACGCAAUGAUCACAGGUGCAAACAAUCUUCCCAUGGAAAUUGUAACACAAUAUCAGCGCUGUUUGGCUACACUGGAGGAGCUUGCGGACGCCGACUCUCUGCGUGAGAUCCUACUAGUGUCUCUCCCUGUUUUUGCCCCUCAAAUGCAAGACAGCUUGUUCCGGACAUUACUCUCAGACACCCUCGAUGCUUGCGUCGCAGAUUCAGCUGCCCGCCCAUUGACCAACCUUGUCACUUUGGUCGAUACAUUGUCUGCUGUCUCGUCAGGUUGCGCGGCUUUGAGCGCGAAACUACUACUGGCUCUUUCAUCGACAACAUUACAGGGCAAAGUCUGGAACCUCGUCCGGACCCAUAUGACAACUGUAGACAUUGUUUGUCAUACAUAUGCUGCUUCCUUGCAUCGAGACGCAUUUGCCGCUACAAUCUCAUUGAUGUUGAAUCUGACUAUCUCAGCGCGGCCCGAGGAGCCAUCACUGCCACAACAACUUGCGUCUGCCUUGAUUGCCAAGCAGCGUAAGCUCCCUCAUGUUCCCAAGAAAUGCUCACAUGCGGCGAGUCAUCCGAGUGGUCCAUCGAUAUCAUUAUUCCAGCAAGAGUCAACUCCCUUUACUGGCCAGCAUCUGCAAGAUUGGAGGAAUCGUCUCAAGUCCGAACUGGAAAGCCAAAACUCCUAUCAGCGCGAUUCCAUCGUACGCUCGGUUGCGCAGAUCUGUCAAGAUCUUGAAACGCGUUGCAACACUGUAGAGGAGCCACUUCGCCGGGAGAAAGCAAGAUCGCAAGAGCUCGAGAAGCGUGUGGAAGAGCUAAGCGAACAGGUCUCGUCACUCGAGUCGCAAGCGGCAGAUGACCGAUUCCACCUGGAUGGGUUGGAAGACGAGAAGCUUGGUCUUGCAGAUGAGAAGGACCGCAUUUCUGUGAAACUCAAUGAGCUCCGAACACAGUUUAAGGAAGCCAACCGGAAUGCGGACGAGGCCCUCCGCACCGCUCAGGAAGAGUUCAAUGCAAGAGAGCUUGAGUUGCGCUCGACGAUCCUGAAUCAUGAGGAACAGCUUCGUACCCGCGAAAACGAUGUUCGAGAGCUGAACGGUACAGUUAGCGAAGUCAGAGACUCUUUAGAGCACACAGAAGAGGAGCUUCGUGCUAUUGGCGAGCGAUACGAGGACUUGCAGACUCGCCUUGGCGACACUGGCCGCCAGCUGGAUGACGAGCGCGAGGCGAAGUCCAGGCAAUCCGAAGAGAUCCUGAGGCUCAAAGAACGUGGCAUCAACCUCGAGCAUCAACUUCAAACGACUGAAUCAGAGUUGGAGGCCAUCGCUGGGCAACUCAGUGAUCUUGAAGUCAGCCACCAAGAACUCAAGCAGUCUUCUGUGGAUGCAUUGAGGGAAUUGGGGGUCAAGUAUACAACUGACAUGGAAGCCGCUGCUGCCAGAGCUGAAGAGGAGUGCACCAAACUUAACAGCAAGCUCACAGACACGCUUCAAACAAGUCGACAGUUGAAGGAUGCGCAUGAUAAGACUCGAAGGGAGUUGCACUCUUUGCAGAACACAUUCUCGGCCCUCGAAACCAAAGCACAAGGACUCGAUGUUCUUUGUGGGGAGCAAGAGGAGGAGCUGGAAGAGCUGAGGACUUUGCGUAGGAAUGUGCUGGCUUCAAUGGGGCUUGCGACGCAAAAUUCGUUAGCAAUCCGCUCAGCAUCUCGAUCACAGAGAGACGGCACUAUGCCAGAGACUCCUCGGGAACCACGAGAGCACAGGCGACGAAAGUCGGCAAUUCAUACCCGGGACCUUGCGCCAAAAGCCACGACAGCAACCCAAGGCUUCAGCAACACGGCUAUGGAGAACUUUGCUGAAGCAUCAUUCGCCUCCUCCAGUCACGACUCGCAGAAUGGCUCAACACCAAAACGCCAGAAACGUCACCCGUCUUUGAAGGUGCCUACGAUGCAAACGCCAUUCAAUCAGAAGCCAGCUCUCGCUUCAUGUUCAACAUCAAAGAAGCUAUCGCCUGUCAAGCGCUCUGCUUUACGACAGAUGUCUCCAAAUCGCCGACACACUACAGUUGGCUUUGCAUUAUCUGAGACUGAGGACCAGGGGCAGGUGCAAGAAGGCGGUUCGACAAGGAAGAGGCGAGGCAGUCUCCGUGGAGGUUCACAAGAGGGCUUUGACAUGGAUGACUUCCUUGCAGGUACACCACUAACACCCGGUGCAUUCGCAUCAGGCACCGGAAGAGUCCCAGAGGACGACGACGCAACGACCACAGAGCUAUGAGUUCGAUGUUUUGGCGCACCGUUUGCAUAGAUGGUUGGCAUUUGUGUAUUUCGCGUCUCAGGCAGCCGCACGGGUACCUGCAUGUCUGGCGUCCCAGGAGUUGAUCAAAGCUUGAAGACUCUAUGUCUCAUUCUUACUUGUACCUUUCGAUUUGCCUUUACUUGUCUAGUGCCUGUCUUACUUUAGCGUCGCGAUCGUUAUCCAUUCUCGCGCUCUCUCUUACACUUAAUUUUAUCCAACUACUCUUCCCCCACG